UCAGGUCGACGUUCUUAUAUGAUCAGUAUACAUUUAAAUGGGUCUAUCUCUUUUUGUUCUGGUACUUACAAACAUCGGACCAAAGUUAUAAUACCAUUUCAUGCUCAUGAAAGGUAUAAAAAGCGUGGUAAAAAAGGAAGCAUAUCACAAUUCAUUUAGGUAAGCAGGCCAUAACACUUCUGCACUUUUGUUUUUGUAAAACACUUUAGUACAGGAAGUGCACGGUCACAUAUGUAUGUACAUACAUACAUCCAUAUAUACAUUUGGGAAUGCACUUAUACAAAGCAAGAAUUCGCAUCAAUUUUCGUUGAUUAGCUGUCGCCGCUACUUCCACUGAGUGAUGCGCGCACUUCCAUUUGAAAAAUUUUAGCAUCGCAUUUGUUCUACUUCAAUUUGCUUCUGCUUCAGUUUGGUUCCACUUCAGCUUUGUUCUGGGGUCGAAUCGUGACAGACGUGAACGAGUCGGCAAUCGUACGAACACAAAUUACGUGAUAGUUUAAUCGAAUGAACAAUAUCGGAUGAUAACAAUCGAAGGCGACCGAAUCGUUAUUGUUUAUUUGGUUAUCGAUUAUUUUUCUCUUCUUCUUCCUUUUUUAAGUCACAGUAGACAUUGAAGUGUCAAAAUAAGUGAAAAGUAAAUAAAGAAAGGCGGCAAAACUAAAAUGGAUCCGAGCCUUUUAUUUUAUUUAAGCUCUAGCGAAAGCGAAAAUGACGAAAGAGUUGUGCGUAAGCAACUUCGGGGCAGAAGCAAUCCAUUGGCAUUAUCCGACAACGCAUUCAUCAAAAGAUUUCGGUUAAGCAAGGAGGCAUUCCAGUACGUUUUAUCGAAAACAAACAUAAACUGCGAUGACACAAAAGCCGUUCCUGCUGCUUUGCAAUUGGCUGCAAGCCUCUCGCUCCUUGCAAGUGCAAGGUAUGUGCCAGAGCACGGUAUAAAAAUUGACGUCCAACGUCUUAAAAGAAAUAAAAAGCAAAUUGUGUCCGGAAUUGAUAAAGUUCCAGCCCAACGAAUCUUCAAGAUGUAAGGAGCGGUUUGCGGAAAAAUAUAAAAUACCUGGAGGUAGGAAGAGGCGUUCUAAUGAAAUGCGUAGUGAAUCCAAUGUUUUUCCUUUUAGUGGUUGGAUGGG